GUCGUCGGCGCCAGCGACGGGGUGGGCGGCGUCAGCCAGGCGAGCCCCCUGCAUAGCGAGCUCUGGUCGGUCGGCAAGACCCCCAUGUUCAGCAUGCCCCACCUCAGCAAGCACCCGCCGGCAAAUGUCCAGGACCCAGUCGUCCCCCGUACUGGUGGAGAAGCGCAAGACGUGCGUUCACUCCAGGACCACCUCCCCCCCGAUCAUGCUGGAGCGGCAGAGGCUCGCGGGCGCCAGGAUGCCCCCGCGCGCUUUCGACGGUCCGCUGCGGACGGUGGUGCAGGUGCAGAAGCAGGUGCGGACGCUGGUGGGGCAGAUCGCCAACAUCUGGGGCUGGACUGGCAGCAACACCAAGCCGUCGGGCAUCGCGAUGCCGCAGCUGCUCAGAGUGCACAGCGGCGGCGGCAGAAGCCACGUGAUCCCCGGCUUCUUGCUGCAGGACCUCGAGGGGUCCCUGUUCGAGUUCGACGCCCAGGCGUCGAAAACGAAGGAGGGAGCCACCGUCACCAGCUCCACCAUACAGGAGGUGCACCUGCUCUGCCCCACCGAGUACUUCGAGGACAUCACGCAGCUCAUCAAGCUGCGCUGGAUGCUGCGGCUCCAGUCCGCGUGCUGCGAGCUGGACUACAAGAUCGUGUCCUGGAAGGAGAUCUUUCUGGGCAUGCAGUUCCUCGCGCUGCAGCAGCACUCCGAGACAACUUCCGACAGCGUGUUCGACACCAAGGUCUCGCAGCACGUGGGCGCCCACCUGAACCUGGUCGCCAUGCUGGACGACAUCAUCGACCAGCUGCAGCGGAGCCUGUGCGGCUCCUGGCAGGGAUUUCUGGAGUACAUCUCCACCUGCGACCCGAUGCGGAGCCUGUGCCAGUCCAGGAUGGAGAGCAGGCUGCGGGCCCCGGAGGUGUCCCCGAACGACUCCCUGGCGGUCGUGCUCGACACCAUCUUUCUGGCCUACUUCCUGAGGCGGCCGCGUCUCGCCACGGGCGGGCACCUGCGCAGCCUGCUGCGCGACCUGGAGGCGCUCGGCAUCGCGCCGCCCGCGGUGCCGGCGCUGCGAGGGGCGAAGAGGCUCACGCUGUGGGCGAAGAACGAGCUGGGCCUGCUGCACCAGCAGGAGCGCGCGGAGGCCCCCCGAGGGGAAAUUCGGUAG